GCAUACUAUGGUUGAGAGGCGGUGACCUCAUCGUCGUCGCGAGGCGGAGCGAACCGCUGCAACUUUUAGAUGAACUUCUGAUUUGAACAAACCGAGAGGCGGUCGGCGGAGUGCACGUCAACAACAGACGCAAAAGGUGAACAGAUUCAGAGGUUCUCUGCUGCUUAGUAUUUACAGCCGGUUCGUGACGGUGUGUGUGUACGCCGGUGACUGACCAGCGAGAGCGUUAUUUUUCCUCUCUUAAACGCCGACAAGGUGGAAAUUCAUAAAGGGAAACCUCUUCUGAUGCCAGUCACACAUGUAGGCACAGGAUUAAAGGAAGACCUAUCCUGGUCAUUGUUCAUCGCGGCUGGAUGGAGUCGCCUGUCUGAUCUGAAGGAAACCGUUACUACUUGAGGUUGGCAAAGCUGUUCUCUGUUGGCAGUGCUUUGUGUUUACAAGUGAUCCAGACACCCACAGUGAAAAACAGUUUUUUCUCGUCAAGGUCAGUUCCUGAGUUGGUCCCGUCCUGACUGAACUGAGUUCUCCUCUAGUAUGGUUGCAAUGAAGACUGCUUUUUAGAGACUUCAGCUGUGAAAGUUCACCAUUAACAUAUUUCUGUUCAUCAAGCUUCUUCAAGCAUCAAAUGUAUUAGUGAGACUCUCUCAUCACUUCAGUCAGUGGGCAUUAUGUUGACCCUAAUCUAAACCCAUUAGCAACCCAUCCCUACCUUUUCCUCCCAUCUCCCCUCCCCACACCCUUUCCCAUCUCCAUCAUGACCAGUCUGAAGCGUUCUCAGACAGAGCGCUCGGUUGGGGGCUCAGUGCCGGCUUCUGAUGAGUUUUAUACCCGCCGCCUGCGAUUGCCCAAUGGAGGGGCACCACCACCUCGCAGUGAGAGCGCCCACAUCUCCUCUUCCUCCACCACUGGCACCAACCCUGGCGUCCCCAAGAUGGGGGUUCGUGCUCGUGUGGCUGAUUGGCCCCCAAGGAAAGAUGGGGGAGGAGGGGGUGUUUGGCAUAUCACUGUGGAAACCGACUCCCCCAGCUCUACAAACACCACUAGCUCUUCAGGAUCAGGAAGUGGGGAUAGAGAAAGACUUGUAGGAGGGGGAGGAGGAGGUGGUGGAGGAGGAGGAGGAGGUGGUGGAGGAGGUGGUGGUGGAGGAGGAAGUGGAGGAGGAGGCGGCAGUGGAGGAGGAGGGGUGUCAGCCGUCACAGCCCACAGCAAUCUGUCAGCCAAGCUGGGCCACCUGAUAAGCCCCCAGGACUCAUCCAUGCUGCGCAACAUCCACAACACACUAAAGAGCAAGAUGCAUGGCAAGGGAAAGGACAAUCGCUUCCUGUCACCGGAUGGCUAUCUGGGCUCACCUCGCAAAGGCAUGAGGCGCAUCCGUCAACGCAGUAACAGUGAUAUAACUAUCAGUGAGCUGGAUGUGGACGGUAAUGAGGGCUGGUCAUUCUCCGGGUGGACACCCAUGCACCGUGAGUAUGGCAGCACCUCAUCCAUAGAUAAACAUGGUGUGUCAGGAGAGAGCUUCUUUGACAUGCUCAAGGGAUACCAGUCCUCUGAGGCCCCUGAUCAGCGAAGCCCAGCUCCAGACAAGCUAACCGAGCUACUUACCGUGGCCCCAACAAAACAGGCUGCCCUGGACUUGCCAGAUGGGCCGUUGGGUCCAGCUAGAGGUAGUCCUGCCAGCCGGCUGAAGGAAAGAGAGAAGCACUUGAAGAGGAGGUCAAAGUCGGAGACCGGUGGAGAGUCGAUAUUCCGUAAGCUGCGCAGCGUGAAGGUGGAGGGUGACUCCUCAAGGGCUGGCUCAGAUGCUGAAGAUGGGGGGAAAGGGGAUGAGAGUGGCCCACCUCCCAAACCCUGGGCAUGUCAAAAAGGCUUUGCCCAUUUUGAUGUCCAGUCUCUACUCUUUGACCUCAAUGAGGUAAUCCAUAGUCGGCAGUCUGGGUCCAAACGCAAGAACACCACUACCGGUGCCUCGGCUGCUGCUGCUGCCUCUGCUUCGGCCACAUCCUCCCUCUCCUCCAAUCAGAGUGGAGUGUACGGGUCACCCUGUGGCUCACAAGAGGAGCUGAGCAAGGAGGGGACAGGAGGAGGACACGGUACCAACCCGGUCUUGGACCCUGGUGAUGACAAGAGUAAUGACCUGGUGCUCAGCUGCCCUUGUUUCAGGAAUGAGAUUGGUGGAGAGCGAGAGAGGAACAUCUCUCCACCUAAACAGCAGGGCAGCAUAGGUAGUGGUGGUAGCUCAAGCAAUUCUUCUGGAAGUACAGAGGAAGGACCUUUGGAUGCCAUCCUCACUACUCAUUUUACUAAUGCUGGUGUGGCUGUGUUGGAGGCUGCCAAAGACGGGCCGAGCCAACAUGCUGACAGGUCCAAACGUUACAUUAUGGAACAUGUUGACCUCGGCACCUAUUACUACCGAAAGUACUUCUACCUCAGAGAACACUGGAACUACCUGGGGGUAGACGAGAACCUGGGCCCAGUGGCAGUGAGUUUGAGGAGGGAGAAGUUGGAUGAACACAAGGAGCAUGGCCAGCAAUACAACUUCAGGGUCAUCUUCAGAACGAGUGAGCUGAAUACCCUGAGGGGCUCCAUCCUGGAAGAUGCGGUACCUUCCACAUCCAAGCAUGGUCUAGCUCGAGGCCUGCCCCUCAAAGAGGUGCUGGAGUACCUGGUGCCUGAGCUCAACGCCCACUGCCUGCGCCUGGCGCUCAACACCCCUAAGGUCACUGAGCAGCUAAUGAAGCUGGAUGAGCAGGGGUUGAGUUUCCAGCGGAAGGUGGGGGUGAUGUACUGCAUGGCAGGCCAGAGCAGCGAGGAGGAGAUGUACAACAAUGAAUUGGCUGGUCCUGCUCUGGAGGAGUUCCUUCAUCUGCUGGGGGAGAGGGUUAGACUCAAAGGCUUCACCAAGUACCGGGCCCAGCUGGACACCAAGACUGACUCGACGGGCACCCACUCCAUGUACACCACUUACAAAGACUAUGAGAUCAUGUUUCAUGUGUCUACCAUGCUGCCAUACACACCCAACAAUAAGCAACAGUUACUCCGGAAGCGUCAUAUUGGGAAUGAUAUCGUCACGAUCGUGUUCCAGGAACCCGGAGCGCUCCCUUUCACCCCCAAAAAUAUUCGCUCACACUUCCAGCACGUCUUUGUUGUUGUGCGUGCUCACAACCCAUGCUCCGACAACAGCUCCUACAGUGUUGCUGUCACUCGGUCCAAAGACGUACCCUCCUUCGGCCCCCCUAUUCCAGAAGGCGUGGCUUUUCCCAAGUCCUCUGUGUUCCGGGACUUCCUGCUGGCCAAGGUCAUCAAUGCAGAAAAUGCUGCCCACAAGUCGCACAAGUUCCGUGCCAUGGCCACCCGAACGCGCCAGGAGUACCUGCGCGACCUGGCUGAGCGCCACACCACCAGCACACCCAUCGACCCCUCUGGGAAGUUCCCUUUCAUCUCACUGGCCCACAAGAAAAAAGAGAAGAGCAGGCCGUAUGAAGGGGCAGAGCUGCGCAGCCUGGGGGCGGUGACCUGGCUGGUCCACGUUGAGGAUCACGGGACCGGAGGGGAACUGGAGGCCCUCCUUUCUAUCUCCAAUGACUUUCUCAUCCUGUUGGACCAAGAGGCCAAGGCCGUGGUGUUUAACUGUGCCACUAAGGACGCGAUUGGCUGGACGCUGAGCAGCCCUGCGUCUUUGCGGAUUUUCUACGAGCGGGGAGAAAGUGUGUCUCUGAGGAGUAUCAGUAAUAAUACUGAGGAUUUCAAAGAGGUGGUCAAACGUCUAGAGUUCCUGACUAAAGGCUGUGAGACAUCCGAGAUGACGCUUCGUCGAAAUGGCCUGGGACAGCUGGGCUUCCACGUAAACUAUGAAGGCAUCGUGGCUGAGGUGGAGCCAUAUGGUUACGCCUGGCAGGCAGGACUGCGGCAAGGAAGCCGAUUGGUAGAAAUCUGCAAAGUUGCUGUAGCAACGCUGACCCAUGAGCAGAUGAUUGACCUCCUGCGGACCUCAGUGACCGUGCGUGUUGUUAUCAUCCCGCCACAUGAUGACGCCACCCCACGCAGAGGCUGCUCAGAGCUCUAUCGGAUGCCUGUGUCAGAAUACAAUAAGGGCGGCGGCAGCAGCAGCAGCGAUAGCGGCUCCUUCGAAUACAAGUUCCCCUUCCGCAGCAACAACAACAAGUGGCAGAGGACCUCCAGCAGCCCUCAGCAGUCACUGACCGCCUCGCCACAGCCCCACACACCCAACCGGGCCAUCAGUUUGGGUAGCUCAGUGGGGAAGACCCUGUCAGCUGAGAGGCUGGAGAGGGGCGCUGCCAUCCCACGCAGUGUCAGUAGUGAUGGCCGGCCCCUGGACACCAAGAGGAUGUCUCCGGGCAGUGAGAGCUAUAGCUUGGCCUCCUCCUUGGCAUUGGGUCGUUCCCCUCACAAUCGCAGCUCACCCAGCAACCUGUCUUGUUCCAGUGACGCCUCCGGAAGCUCUGCUCACUGGAGACAGAAGUCCAUGCCGGAGCAGUUUGCAGGCAGCCGCCACUCUCCGAUGUCUGGGGAGAGACGAGAGGUGGUUGGAGAGGGCGGGUCCAGUGGAAAGUCAACGCCCAAUUGGUCGAGAAUGGAGGAAGGAGGAGGAGCCGAACGAGGAUCAACAGAGGCCCCAGUCUCCAAGUCUGGUCAAGGCUACUCUGGAGCUCCCCGCAUCCAGAGGCAGGAGCAGGUCAUCCACCUCUCCCCGAAGAAGGGCAGCCAGUCGGAUGGCCCUUAUUCUGGGCACUCCAGCAGUAACACUCUAUCCAGCACAGCUUCCAGCGGGGGCCACAGUGACAGCGAUAAAUGGUACGAAAUGGGAGCGGGUGGAGGCUCCAGCGGUGACCAGGGGGAGCCAGAGCCCAACGGCUUGGGUGGAGGGGGCUACCUGCAGGGGGCUUCGGCCGACAGCGGCAUCGACACCAGCUCUUAUGGAGCUUCCCACCACACACACCCCCACUCUCAUCACGGCAGCACCACCUCCCUGCUGGCUCCCAGCGGAGGCCGGGAAAGCAGGGAGCGGUCAGUGUCCCCAUGGCACAGCCCCACUGAGGGAGGACGCAGGAUGCUGGAGAGGUCGCCAGCUGCAGCCGAGUCCCCGGGCCCUCCAGCAGAAAGGAGCCAGGACGGGACAGGCCGAACCCCACCUACCCAUCUCCUCGUUAGAGACAGCAGCACCUACAGUCUGAGUGAGACUGGAUCACACUCAAGUGCCAGGCACUCAGGCCACAGCUCCCCAAGAGACGAGUCCUCCUCUUCAACCACCUCGCCCUCGUCCCAGUCCUCACCGUCCCCUGGGCCCAAGAGCUUCUACCCCCGCCAAGGAGCUCAGUCCAAGUACCUGAUUGGUUGGAGGAAACCCGGUUCCACCAUUAAUUCUGUUGACUUCGGAGACACACGCAAGAAGUCUCCAGGAGAGAGUGGAGGGGAGGUUGUUCCAACCCCAGCAGCCAGGCCCUCUCUUCGGGAUAUGCACUCGCCUCAGCCUCAUGCUAAAUCUACUAUGGAGGAAGAUGUGAAGAGACACAGUGCCCCAGACAGCCCUCCACCACCACGCAGACAUAAGGAAAAGCACCACCAGAAAUCAGCACCAAGCCAGCCUCACAGCCACCGUCGCUCACUCCAUCGCACCCUGUCUGAUGAGAGUAUCUAUCGCGGCCAGCGCCUUCCUCCCCUGUGCGACUCAGUGGCUGACCCGGCACUCAGCAGUGAUGUUCUCUUCAGCUGCUCCACCCUCCCACGCUCACCCACCACCCGCGGUGUCCCCCUCCGACGGCCUUCCUAUAAGCUGGGAGUCAAACUCCACGGUGACCUUUCAGCAUCUGACACAUCAUUGGUGGAUUUGGUGGAGCGUCAUCGUGGACCCCUCCCUCAGGAGCUGAUGCCCCUCCCGUCUCAAGACAGGGACAGCCCCCUAGAGUGGACACACCUGGUGGAUGUGGCCAGUACAUUUGAGAGUGAAAGAAACACACACUAUGUCCAGAGAAGUUAUGUGUUCGGAGAUUCAAACCACCGAAACAGCGGCGCCUCCAGCCCCCAACAGGGCCACAUAGAGCUGCAGCCCGCUCCACUGUCACGGCCCUCAUCUAGUGAGGGUCACAGAGGGCUGGAGAGGAAGGUGACCAAGCUGGAGGCCAUGGUGAAGAUGCUCCAGGAGGACCUGAAGAAGGAGCGUGAAGAGAAGGUGAGACUUCAGGGUCAGAUCAAGAGGCUGUGGGAGGACAACCAGAGACUGCAGGAGGAGUCCCAGACCUCUGCCGCUAAGCUCAAGAAGUUCACAGAGUGGGUCUUCAACACCAUCGACAUGAACUGACUCCGGCUUGCACAUUUUAACUCGCUCUCUCGCACGCACGCACGCACACACACACACACACAUAUACACAAAUGCAUACAUCAGCACACACAGUCUGGACGCAGAGGGGGAAGACAUUGUGCACAAGAACAGUGGAGACUUGUUGUUGGACUCAAUUAGCCUGAUGCCGAACCCUCCGACCAGCUUCCAUUGGCUUCGAACGUGGGCGGGUAAUAUUGUCGACCAGCCUCAGUCUCCACAGACCCCACUGUUAAACCUCUCAGGAUGGGACACCAGAAAAAUGGAUGUUGUUCAUCAGAUUAUGAAGGACUGACCUCUACUCUCCAAUGGGACCACGAGAGCGUUGCUGAAUUGAUCUUUCUCUCAUCUCGCUGUGCCAAAAUUGUUUUUGCAAAAUUGCCAACAAAGAGGAAGCUCCCCCCUCCCCUCCCCCCCUCUUCUUUCUCAAGAGGUCAGCCAUGCUUUCUCAGUGGAUGUGCUUCUCUUUCUGGGGACAACCUAGAAUAGAUACCUUUUUUUUCCGUUUGUUUUUUUUUCCAAUUACUUUUUUUCUCAUGUUGCCCAGCUUCUCUUAAAAGGUGACUCGAGUCCUUUGUGCCAAACCAAACCCGCCAUAGCAGGGGGUAGCCGAGACAUCCAUGUGACUUAAAGUAAAAACGUCUCUGAAAAUGCCACGCAAAGUCAGACAGGUACACGACAAAUCUGCCAGCCCAUCCACUUACAAACAAACACAAACACAUACAGUAAUGAAUAUGAAGCCUCAAGACCACUGGACACAGGAGACGUUUUCAUUUCCUGUUCAUGUAAAUGGAAGGAACUUUAGUGUUUCCUCUCCUCAAAGCCGACGACAUGGAAGCAGGUCAGUCUGCCUCGGAACAGGAGGGAAACAUGGAUUUGUAAAGUGUUUUUUAAAUUUUUUUUUUUUUUCAGGAUUACAGGAUCCGGUGUGUCGCUACAGCACAAACCAACACCUGACAGAGGAGUAUAUUUAUAAGCCAUCAGCAAGUGGUGCCAUUUAAACAUAACUGAUAUCCAGAGUGCUUUGGUCCAUCCCAAUUGUAUGUGUCUUAAAAGCAAUAGGAAGAAGUCAGGACUCCUGUCUCUCUCUCAAAAAAAAGGGGGGGGAGAGUUUGCACUGAGAAGAAGUUCAAUUUGGGGAAAAGACGUUUUCAAAGUUGUUACACUUAAAAGACACCAGCCUCUGCUGCACAAGAGCCUCCCAUCUUCUUUCUUGGAAGCAGCGGACAUCAUGCUUCGAGGGAAAAAAAAAAGGGAAGAGAGGACUCCACUCGCCAUCCCACUGUCUGGAAUACAGAGAGCCAGCUGAUAAGGAAUGACAGACAUUUUUUUGGGAGGGAAAAGUAAGAGGGGGACUUUUUCUUCCCCCAGGUUAAUUUAUUUCCUUGUAUUAUAAUUCCAAUAAAUAAGUUGUUCUAUUCGUACAGUACAACUGACAUCAGUGUUUAGUUCCUCAAGAAAAAGAUCACUAGCUAUAUUAUUUAAAUGGCUUUCUUUCUUAACUACAGUAUAUGCUUUUUAUUCUGUAUUAUGUUGUAUUUUGUGGUGCCCAAGCCUGCUGUCAUGUUGCUUACAGUGCCCUCUAGUGAUGACCAGUGGAAAUGUCAUGAUUAUUAAAUGUGCUGCCAGUCACUCUGUAUUUUCCCCACGCCUCUUAAACAACCAGUCAGACAUCGACCGGGAGGCCACACAAGCACAGAUUAGGAAAAACAAUCAGAAGCCAGCUUUGAGAGACAAUCAAAGCUUGUGUGUGUGUGUGUGUGUGUGUGUGUGUGUGUGUGUGUGUGUGUGUGUGUGUGUGUGUGUGUGUGUGUGUGUGUGUGUGUGUGUGUGUGUGAACAUCUAUAGUUUUCCUCAGGUUCAGUAUUUGUUGAGAGCGUGAGGAUCUUUUUGAGAAAGUUAUACAUAAAAAACUAACUUAUUUGGUUAGAAUAAAAUGCCCAUGAUAAGAAGGAGCUACAGUACCUACUGUACCAGUGGCGGUGUUUGUAGUCAUUGUGUGAAUGUACAUCAGUCUAUCCAGUCGUGCCUAGAGUCACUUGUUUUGGUCAUUUACUCCCAGGCAGAGCAGGGACGUGCCUUUUGAAACAGCAUCUGGGGAACAGAUGAAAGGGAAAAGGCUCUUCUUCAUCCUGAAAAAUAAACACCUGGUCACACACACACACACACACACACACACACACCCACACACACACACACACACACACAGUCACCUUACUCAUUUAUUCUUUUAAUCAGUUUCAUACUCACAGUUGUAGACUCUGCCUCAUAAAUGUUUGUACAGGGAAUCUGCUGCGAGGCUUCAGCCUUUCUCUUGUUUCGCAUGAAUAUUUUUACUGAACACAAUCAGGCUGGCCAGCCUCCAGACACAGGACGAGAGUGUGUGUGAAGUGUAUUGGAAAUGUGUCGGUUUGUAUGUCUGUGCCUUUGCAUUCAGUUAAAUGCAGUGUAUUUUUCAGGGCAGCUGGCCCCUGUAAUUAGUUUGUAUUGGAAGAAAUGUUCCCGCUAAUCACAAAGCUACUUACAGCCCAAGCUGGAGCCACAAAGCUAUUUCCUAAGCCAGGUGUCCGCGUUGGGGUUAUUUCAGCUCGCUAACUUGAGCAUGUACAUUGAAACGGUUGUUCACAAAUGUAGUUUAAGCCUUAAUUCCUUCCCUGUCCUCUGCUAUCCUGCCAGCCUUCGAUGAAAAAAACACUCCCAGUUUUUGAAUCUCUUAAAGUAAAGUUGCGUCUUCAAUUGAUGCAAUUUAAAAACCCUGCAGCAUAUAGCGCAGAACGGCACCCGGUCCGAAUGUAGAGAGAAUAUAAACAAACGAGCCUAAAGAAAUGUGAUGUUUACUAUAACCGACAUUCAGCUCUGCAGUUUUGCAGGGAGAUGAGUGAACUCUUAACAAAAAAAGAUGUAGAAGGUUCUGUUUUAAGAAUCCCUUUUCAGUCUGCGAGGAUUGUAACAACACCACUGAACAGUCCCAAUUGCUCAAUUUGCUUUGCUUGGUGAUAUCAUUUGGUUGUUUUAACAGCUUAACAAGUUGUGAAAAGGAGUCUAGUAGUCAUCUCAUCCAAUAAUGUGAAAUCCUCAAAAUAUACACACCAUGUGAGUUCCGUAGGCAGAAAUGUUCCCGAUCCAGGAAGUUUUGACUGUAAAUUGUUUUGAGCACUACAGUAUGCCGAUGCUUAAAUGACUAGUAGGUAAUAUUUCGUAUUUUAUUGUACAUGGAAAGUGCUCUAGUUUUUGUAUUUCAAAUUAAGUAUGGCCAAAUGACAAACUGUGCAGUGCAGAUGUUUUGCUCUCAUCUUGAAUAAAAGUUGGAUGUUAGAUGCAGUUGUCCACUUUACACCUUAUACAAAGGCAUAAAGACACACGCACCAGUUACUCCAUUGUGAAUGUUGAGUUCAUUUACAGUGCAUUUAGUUGUUUUGUUUUUUUUUCUUUCCUCAGCUUUGUUUUUUUGGUGCUUUUCCGAGGGAUAUGAGAAAUGUAAAUGUUCAGAUGUUCAAAUGUUCCAUUUUGUAAUCUCUUUUUAUUUUUAAGAACCUUUGCACAAUGUUUUAUAAAAAGGAUUGUGUUGACAUGUUUUGGACAAGAAGGGUGAAUUGAUCCAUUCCUGUGCAAUCUCGUCGUUGAUGUUUCUCCGUAGAUUUCCUGCCAGUGCAGUUCCUGACAAACAGAGGAAAGUGCUCGACUUUAUUCACUUCAAAGAAUUUGAACCUUUUCGUCUCCUCAAGCAUCACUGAUCAGACAGGAGCAGCUGGAUGUUGUUUGUUCUGUAGGGAUGCUGGUUUUCAGUCAAGCACAACUUACGUGGUUGGAGAUUGCAGCAGGGGAGGAAGGUUUCACAAAGCUCAGAGUCCCAACUUAGAAUGCUGUGUCGUGAUCCGUUUUUUUUUCCUCCUGUUGGAAGAACAAACUGAACAGUAAAGCAAUCGGCUCCGACAGGAGAUCAAGCACACAAUUUUAAGAGGACCAUGUGUUUUACAGAGGGGGGGGGAAUACUGUUUACAUCCCGGAUCCAUUGUCUUUGUGAAAUGUAAAGGUAUGAAAAAGACAUUUGCAGUGAUCACAGUAUUAAAGUUUCUGAAAUAAAUAAAUGCCGUAUCGAUUU